UCGGAACCCACCCGACAAUGACAUUCCAAUCAGACAUCACCAGCUGGCUACUCUUCCCAGGCACCCUAUAAGAAUUUUCUGCCGUCUUUUUGUGUAUAGUCCCGUUUUGUGUCAAACGCGAGAGGCUGUCAGAUUCCGCAGUAGCAGUGAAUUUGAUGUACAAGUAUCUCGCGUACCGCAAACGACUGAAAAAAGUCUCGUCACUGCCACGGGCACACCGCAGCAUCGCACACGACAUUUUGACUUUUUGUUUUGCCUUGUUUGGACUCGGCCGUGGGAAUAGUCAUGGAACUGGAUCAGGUGGCCAGGCUCAAGCGCUACUUCUUCCUGGGCAAGCUGGUGCCGGUCUACGCGCCGCGGAAGGCCGACGGCCUGCUUGAGGACUUCGACAGCGUGAAGCAGUUGCUGGCUGGGAUCGAUGGCGAUAGCUUUCUGGCGCUCGUGAAGAGCCAGACGCAGCGGGAUGAGAUCCAACUGCCACGCCGUAAUGAGGUGUGGUUCGCUUACGCCGUGUAUCUGUCGACUUGUGAGCGCGCCGAAGAUCGCAAGAAAGUGUACCAGGCGUUUCCCGAGCUGGCGGGCAGCGCCGAGGACAUGUUCACCAUUGUUCACUAUGCGACGCUCAUCCAGAACAAGAAAGGGAGCAAGGGGCUCUCGCGUACCGUCCGGAAGGCGCUCACCCUUUGGUAUAAAUCGAAGUCGGAAUCGGAGCUGGUAGCAAUGUUUGAGAAGAACCGCGGUAUGUACGGGCUCAGGCACAAGGAUCUGAUCGCUUUGAGCCAUAUCAACAUGGAGAAGGUGGAACUGUCGUGUUUGCACGGGGCCCUUUUCAAGCCAGCAGCGAAGGCUUUAGUGGAAAACGAAAAUUUGGAGCCGGCCAAGUGGAAGGAUCCUUUGUGCCAGGAGAGGUUGAAGAAAAUCCUUGAGCUGAAGACGUGCAAAGAUCCAGCGCGAGCUUGCGAGCUUAUCCGGAGCGACAAGCUUAGUGCUGGAAGCGUGCCGAGUGGUUUACUCCGCAAGCCGGAAGUGUGGCAGGCGUUGAUACCGCAGAUGAACUACUCCGAGCUGUUGUCGUGCAUAUUUCCGCUGACCGACUUGAAGGUGAUCGGGCACCGAGUCCUUAGCGGACAACUCAUCAAAGAGAUUGGGAACGUGUCGUCUUUGAAGGCUGCGCAUGUGUCGCCAGUUACGAUGCUGAUACACGCAAAGAAGCUGCAGACUAAGAAGCGAUACUCAGAGAAGAAGAAGGCAAUGUACUACGCCGAAAAGGUUAAGCGCAACAACAUCAAGGACAACCCCCUGGUCGGAAGCAAGGUCAUGAGCAUGUUCAAGUCAUCCUUUGAUCACUUGCAACCAAAAUUAGGCCUGAAACUAUUCAUUGCCAUCAAUUUGCAAACCAGCUAUGCGACAAAAUCCGUCAUCAACCAGACCCAGGUGAAUUGCACUGAAGCUGCCAUCGCACUAGCUCUCACGUACUUCCGAAGUGAAGCCCACGUCGACGUCUACAAGUACACGCCCAUGCAGACAGUUCUUGAGAAACUGAACUGGGCCCAGGGCAUAUCAUACGACGACGCCCAAGCGAUUUGCAUGAGCAAGCAGUCACCCAAGAACGCUCAACGCCUUUUCGUACCGCUCUGGGAUGCGAUGAAAAAGAAGGAAGUCUACGAUGUGUUCUUGAUUAUCGUCCCGUCCGCAGCCCGUGGCAAUCCGUCGUGCAAACCGGAUAAGCUCAUCCAGAAUCUCAUUGACUACAGGACCAAUAUGAAGAAUGAGCGGACAAGAUUUAUCGUCGUCAACUUGCGCCGUUACUCUCCAUCAAUGAUCCACGACCAAACUAAAAUUCACGAUAACGGUAUCUUGGAAAUUUGCGGCUUUGGUGACAAGACUAUAAACAUCAUCAAUGCAUUUGCCACUCAUUUAUUUUCUUAAGGGCAAAACAUGAAACACAUACACAAGAAAAUGGCAGAAAACAUGAAAAAAAUAAUUUCAGUGCGAUGCAUUUCUAAAACAAAAUUUUUUGUCUCCAAUAUCUCUUUAACGGAAAAUGGGUAAAGGUUCUUUCCAUAGAAACAAAGAUAGGGAUUUAGCUGGCUCUAAAUUGUCGUAUUGUACGUUGUAUUGGUUCAUAAUACAUUUUGAUAUUCAUACGAUUAACGGGUAGACGUUGAAAAAGAUACACAAAAAUUAAAGAGGACUAAAAGGAGCAAAACCAGUAAGGCGAACACAAACAGAAUUUAUCUUAAACGUUAUGUUAUAUCUCAUGGACAUUUUUUUUCUACGGUUCAUACACUCAUUGGCGGAGGAGGUUCUUGGCAUCUUCCCCGUUUAGUUUUCACUUCAUUUGGUCCUGAGCCAAUUAAUACUUACUCUAAGUGGGGGACUUUAUUCUAUUUCUUAUUAAUUAAUUAUUAAUGCUGAAAAGUGUUUAGUUGAUAAAUUAUUGUAUUUUUAGAAGAAUUCUUUGAGAGAAAUACAAUCGAUUGAAGCUAAUGAAAUUUUAAAGGAAACAAAGCAAAACUACUGUUCACACCGAGUGCCCUGUUCAGAUAUUAGAUAAUUAUAUACAAAAAUAGACUAAAAUUCUAACCAUGUUAAGUUUAAAGUGAAAUUGAAAGAAGCAAAAAUAGUGAUAAUUUUCUAGCGAAUACCAACGUUUCAAUAGAAUCGAUGACACAAUCAAAAUGUUUAAGGAAAGUGUGCGUUUGAUGAUGAUUUGAUUCUGUUUCGGGUUUUGACCUAAUGCGCAUGUACGUGGAUGUAGGAAUAAGUUUGCCAUGAACGCUCGACGAACUCCGAGGAAGUGGCCGUGGAAGUCCAUCUGCCGAAAUGCAGAUGUCCAGUUUUGAUGCAAUAGUUUCUUUCAAUUAUAAAGUUUAAGGGAGACGGCCGAGUGCCAUUCGCGGACGUUUGGAUUAGGUUGGAAUCGAUUCGCCCAGAGUAUCGGUCGUGGGAGAUCCACUUCACUGCGCGCUUACUACUUUAGAAGGUUUUUAAAUACAUUAGGAGUAAAGUUGAUCGUUUUAAAAUAGGGCAACAAUCAAGAGACUGACUAAACGCUUGAAUUUCUAAACGGCAAUCGUAAACAAUUAAUUCUUAUAAUUAUCGUACAAGAGAAUUUACUUUUAAUGGAAAAACACAGUAUUCAUAUGGAAGAACAAAAAUUUAAUAUCCUUAAAGACGAAAGUUCCUAGUUAAGUUUUUUUUAUUUCAUUUCCAAUGGAUGAUAUCGUUUAUAGUCAUAGUUAACACGUGAAUAGUUUAAUUAUAUGUUUUGGCAUUGUAAAUUUAUUCAAGGAUCUCCCAUCAUCGAAUCGCAACAAAAGCUUUACAUUCUAAGGAAACAAGUCAUAUCAAAUCGCACUUUCGCCCUCCCAAUUCUCAAUAUGGUGCUUAGUUUUUAAAUGGAUUCAGGAACGAAAGAAACAUUUAUAUAAGACUCGAAAAAUACGCAAAAAAAAGUUCAAUAUCGAAAUGAAAGCAAGCAAAAAUGAAAAUCAAUUUAUUUUUAUAUAAACUGCAUUCGUCGGCAAAAUCGUUAGUUAUUUAAAAAUAAAGGUAAUAAGAAACAAGGUCUUAAGAAAUUCAUGGAAACACGAUUAUCACUAAACAAAAAAAUCACAUAUGGAGAAAAACUCGAAAAAAAUACACACACAUAUGUACAUGAGAACUUCUAAAACGAGAAUCGCAUCACUGUCCAAAUAAAAGCAUACAAAACAUAAAGAUUAGUUAAAAUAAACCAAAAUUGUGAUAUUUCAAUAUUGAAAGCAAGAAAAGUUGAAACAAAAGAGAUAAAUAAGAUUUUUUCUAUUUAAAUUAUUUUAUUUACUAGAAUAUUUGUUACCGGUUACAUGUUGAUUACAUAUUUUUCUUUUAUUUUGAUUUUACUUCUACACAUACGUAGCUUUCACGUUUUGUUAUCUCACUUAAUCGAAAAAUAGUCUGAGUAGCGAGAGAGACGCGUAAACAAUUAAAUCAAAUUUUAUUUCAUUGAAUCAUAAUGAAAAGUGAGUAAAAAUAGGUGAUAUACAAUAAAAAAAUAGAAUUAAAUUAUACAAGGCGAAAACUGAGAGAAUUCGUAAUAGCGAAAGGUUAUGAUGACAUUUUAUAUAUUAUCAUUAUACAUUGCGAUAUGAAAUCAAAAUCUAUAUAUUAUGUAUUUUCAUUUGUUACGACACACGUAUACACACGUACACAUACGAUUCGCACUUGCUCUACAUAUUAUCUACUAUUGUACGUUUGUACCAUGAUAAAUUAUUGUUCAUUACAUCAGGUCUCGUAAAUUGCAUGUACGUAACAGAUAUAACACGAUUGUAACGGAUCAAAUUAAAAAAAAAGAAUUGUAUGUGUUAAUCGCGCAUUAAUUGUAGGACUAUGUAGUAGUAAUAAGAAUUGCAAGAAAAAAAAACCAUGAUCCGAAGUUAAAAUCCAACGAAGUUCGGAAAUGAUUAAUUAAAAUCCGAAAUUUUCUAAAAACAAAUGAAUUAGGAUAACUUCUUGGCCUCGGGUUAUUUCCUUUGGCGUGAAUAUUUACUGCAACUAUUUAUUUUCUAUUUAACUCGUGUAAACAUUGAUAUUGUUUGGAAUAAUUAAAAUUAUGGUCAUGGUAAA